GCGGAAGGAAGGAGUGUCGUCUGUGUGCCGGUGUUUGUGAUGGGAGGCAGUCAGCAAACGAGGAAGGGCGAGUACUAGAGUACUAUACCUUUAAGUGUAACAAAACGAAACAAGAAGCAGUCUGUGGUUGUAGCCUAGAUAGUUUAUUUGACGCAUACAGUUCCGAUAUGACAUUUGUUCAACUCCUUUUGAUGUUUUGUUGCUUUCACGACAUUACAGGACAUUUUGGCAACCCUUUGAACAGUUACAUUCGCCAUUAUGAAGGUCUAUCGUAUGACACAGAAGUACUUCACAACAGUCACCAAAGGGCAAAACGGGCAGUAUCAAUGCAAGACCGCAUCCUCCAGUUGGAUUUCCAAGCCCACGGACGGCAAUUUAACCUGCGAAUGAAAAGGGAUACAAAUCUAUUUCAUCCAGAUCUUAAAGUUGAAGUUUCUGGAGUAGAGGUACCAGUCGAUACCUCACACAUCUACAGUGGACACCUAUUUGGUGAAAGGGAUACAUUGAGCCAUGGGUCAGUGGUUAAUGGCCGAUUUGAAGGCUUCAUUAGAACCCACCAAGGAACAUAUUAUGUUGAACCAGCAGAGCGAUAUUUAAAAAACACCAAUGUAAACUUUCACUCUGUCAUCUAUCAUGAAGAUGACAUUGAUUAUCCACAUAAGUACAGCUCAGAGGGCGGUUGUGCGGACAACUCUGUGUUUGAGAGGAUGAAGAAGUAUCAGGCAUCGGCUAUAGAGGACCCAGUCAAAAAUGAAAACUCCGUAACAGAAAGUGACUAUGGCCCUGUCAUUUUGAGAACAAAGAGGGCAACUGGACAAGUCAAAAAUACCUGCCAGCUCUUUAUCCAAACGGAUCACUUGUUCUUCAAAUACUAUGGCUCAAGAGAGGCUGUGAUUGCUCAGAUCUCCAGCCAUGUCAAAGCUAUUGAUUCAAUUUAUCAGGCCACAGACUUCAUGGGCAUUAGAAACAUUAGCUUCAUGGUUAAAAGGAUUAGGAUAAAUACUACGGAUGAUGAAAGAGAUAAAACUAACCCCUUCCGCUUUGCUAACAUUGGAGUGGAGAAGUUUUUGGAGCUUAACUCGGAGCAGAACCAUGAUGACUACUGUUUGGCAUAUGUCUUCACGGACAGAGACUUCGAUGACGGAGUGCUUGGUCUCGCUUGGGUGGGCGCCCCCUCAGGCAGUUCAGGGGGUAUCUGUGAGAAAAGCAGGAUGUACUCUGAUGGGAAAAGGAAGUCUCUGAACACCGGUAUUAUCACUGUGCAGAACUACGCUUCCCAUGUUCCUCCCAAAGUGUCUCACAUUACUUUUGCUCAUGAAGUUGGACACAACUUUGGAUCACCUCAUGAUUCUGGAAUAGAAUGUACCCCUGGAGAGCUGCAGAAUGAGAAGGAGCGGGGCAACUACAUCAUGUAUGCUAGGGCCACAUCUGGGGACAAGCUUAACAAUAACAAGUUCUCCAUCUGUAGCAUCCGCAAUAUCAGCGCAGUUCUGCUGAAGAAGAAGGAUGACUGCUUUGUUGUUUCUGGUCAACCAAUCUGUGGAAACGGACUUGUAGAGGAUGGAGAAGAAUGUGACUGUGGCUACAGCGACCAGUGUAAUGACAUUUGCUGUCAUAGUGCAAAUGAGGAAGAGGGUAAACGCUGCAAAUUGCAAGAAGGAAAAGUCUGCAGUCCCAGUCAAGGCCCAUGUUGCACUGAACAAUGUACAUACAAAGACACAAGUGCCAGAUGUAGGCAGGAGUCUGAAUGUGCACAAGAGGGAAUGUGCAAUGGAGCCACAGCUCUGUGCCCUACCUCAAAACCAAAGGAAAACUUCACCUCAUGCAAUUCAGAAACCCAAGUCUGCCUCAAUGGAGUCUGUUCAGGCUCUAUUUGCAAAAAGUACGGCCUGGAGAUGUGCACUUGUGCCAUCCAAGACGGCAAGGAUGAAGCUGAGGAACUUUGCCAUGUUUGCUGCAUGGAGAAAUCAACCCCGAGCACCUGUGACAGUACAGGCUCAGACAGAUGGGCCAAGUUUUUCAACAAAAGUACCAAAACGUUGCAGCCUGGCUCUCCCUGCAACGAUUAUAAGGGCUAUUGUGAUGUCUUCAUGAGAUGUCGUCUAGUCGAUGCAGACGGACCGUUGGCAAGGCUCAAGAAAGCAAUCUUCAAUGCACAACUCUAUGAGAAUAUUGCAGAGUGGAUUGUGGAUCACUGGUGGGCAGUCCUGUUGAUGGGUAUUGCUCUCAUAAUGCUUAUGGCUGGCUUCAUCAAAAUAUGCAGUGUGCACACACCCAGCAGUAACCCAAAGUUGCCCCCACCAAAGCCUUUGCCAGGUACAUUAAAAAGAAGGCGGCAACAGCAGCAGCAGCAAGGCCAGCGCCCUCAUCAUUACAGAGAGAAUUAUCAAAUGGGACAGAUGAGACGCUGAGGUGCUUCUCUGCUCAUUGCCUUGGAUUUUCUAUGUGCCUACAAUGAGAGCACUUCUCUCCAAAGAUUUUUGUAAAAAUUCAAAGACCUUUUUUGGACAAAGCCUGCCUGUUCCUGGAGACAGAACAGGGGUUCAUACAGCUUUUAUAGAGAAA